AAGUAUCCAGAACAGGCAUAGCGCGGGCGGGAUGCCUGCUAUGACGAGAACAAGAAGAAUAUUCUUCAUUGAAACCUCCUCACGCCCAAAAUAAAGAUCAGAGACCUGGUUACUGCAAUUUUCGAGACCGGCUCUACUAGCAGUACCAAGCACAAGCUCGCCUCCAGCCUAGAAUAUACAGCCGCAUCAAAAAAAAACUACCAGCCAUAAUCCAUCCACCAUGGGUUCUAUGAUCCUCCCGCAUCUCCAGAAUGCGUGGCAAGUCGAUCAAGCCAUCCUUUCAGAAGAUGAGCGUCUGGUGGUAGUCAGGUUUGGAAAGGACGCACAUCCUGACUGCCUACGGCAAGAUGAUGUUUUAUCCAAGAUCGCGGACCGAGUUAAGACCUUUGCUGUCGUUUAUUUGUGCGAUAUCGAACAGACACCAGACUUCAAUGCUAUGUAUGAACUAUACGAUCCAAUGACGAUCAUGUUUUUCUUCCGUAAUAAGCACAUGAUGUGUGAUUUUGGAACGGGUAACAACAACAAAUUGAACUGGGUGCUCGAGGAUAAACAAGAAUUAAUCGACAUUAUCGAGACAAUUUACCGUGGUGCGAAGAAAGGGCGGGGUCUGGUUGUCAGUCCCAAGGAUUAUUCCACUCGGUACAGGUACUAAAGCUGUCGACAAUGCUGCUAUUCCCUGUCUAUUAUAAAAAAAUUCAUAUACACC